CCCGGACCGCGCCGCCGCGCUGCAGGCACACCACCACCACCUCCCGUCCCCGCCGCCGCGCGCCGCGUAUCCCUGGGCGCCCCCGCUGCUCGCGCUCCAGGAGCGCCUCGCGGAGGAAGGGAAGCGGAAGGACCGCCGCAACUCGUGCGGCCUGCUCAGGGAUCCACGCGCUGGAGAAGUGCGCGUAGAGGCUCGCGGAGGCCAUCGACGCCGCGCCCGUCCCGCUCACGGGCGAGCGGGAGGCCGAGGUGCGUGAGGCCGCGGCCGAGCUCGCCGCGGCGUGCGCCGCCAUGAAAGACGGGCUGGACCCGCUGGAGAGACAGGUCCGGGAGGUCUUCCCCCGCCGCCGACCAGAUGAUGUUUCAUGAUCUCCUAGUGAACCCAAGUGGUCUUCCAAAGGAUGAGCAGAGCAAUGCGGUAACACCUCUGUAUUCACUUGAUGCUGAAUUCUCCAAGCCCAUGUGGAUUUUUGGUGUCAGCUCCUAUGAUUUCCUUGGAAUAGAUGAUACAAGUCACAAAAUCGUUUGCUGUUACAGGCAGAAUGGAAAGUCAUAUGUCGGGGUGCUUGACCACAAUUCUGAGUCCUUUUCGAAAAUUGAUAUUCCCUUCUCUUCUGUAACUAACAUAGUGGUGUCUGCGCUGCAGGCACUGGCGGGCACCGUGUUCGUGUCCGUGUCCGGCCGGGGACUGCGGAGGCCGAGGGAGGCAAGAGCACUCGAUCGAUCGCUCGAGGAGCAAGCAGCAGCGUCUUCAAUUCGUGCGUCGCAGACUCGUACUCGAUCGAAAAUUCUUCAUACUGUGCAUGGAAAUGUUUGAGUUGCAAAUUAAGUGUGUAUAUGCAUCUAAUUUCUUAGUGUUUUAGUGAUUUAUUCUGAUCACAUGUUUCGACAAUCCUUAUGUAUUUUACAGUAUAUUUACAUGGUUCCAACUUAAUUGGCUGUAGUUACAAAGUAUGAGUGAAUUUUUGUUAUGCAAUUUGUUUCAGUUUUCAGGAUUUUAGCAGGAGUUUCAAUUUCUGAAUUUUGUGGAGUUAGUUCAGUUGUCAUAGUGCAUCACUUGGCAUAGGUUUCAUUUUGUGAAUUGUCUUUUUCAUGCAACAGUGAUAAGUGAUCACGAGAACAAUCAUUAAUGGUCUCUAUUAUAUAUUAAUUAAUAGUUCUCCCUCACUUGACUAAUGUUGAAGUAAAUUUGCAAUGACCCGUUUAUUCUGACAAGUUCUAUUUGUAGGUUGCAAACAUUUUAAAAUAGCUCUGUUCAUUGAGUUUUCAGCUCUCUACUUCUGUCAUUUUAGUGUUUUAUUGUCUUGUAUUUGUAUUUCUGUUUUCAGGGAUUGAGAGGAGCAACGACAUGUGGAGAGGAGCAGAGCAUCUUGGCAAAUUCAUUUGUUGGGACCUAGAGUAGCUAAUGUGAUAUGAAGUUUAACUUGUAUGAAACUCAUGACUUUGUAUUUGAUGUGAUUUUGGAUGAAAACAUGACUUACUAUUUGUAUCGGUGUGCUGAAAUAAGUGCAUUAUAAUUUGAUGUC